GCACCCGGCCACAGUGCACGCACAGCCGACACUUCCCGGCCUCUCCGAUCCCGUGUGUACUUACAUCCCCGGUUGCGUUCUCGGUGUUCACCGCAUCCCUGCAACAUGUAAUUAGAAAAAUACCUGGAGCCGUCGUCGCAGCCGAACGUCCACCGACGCUGCACUCGAAACAUUGGAAACUUAAUAAUCGGGAAGCAAUAAUUGGGAACUGGAUGACGCCGAUCGUGGACGUUCGCGAGAUGACAAUAUGGCGAACAUCAGGGUGGCCGUACGAGUGAGACCAAUUUCAGCCAGAGAGCUGAAUGGGACGGGGUCGGAGGUCGUGGUCCGCACGGAGUUGAACGGGAUCUCGCUAACCAACCUGAAGGUGUCUCCGAGCAAGGCCGGGGACAGCCGCGGGAGGGUACGGAGAUAUGGUUUCGACUACUGCUUCGACUCGUCCGACCCGGACGCGGAGAAUUUCGCGGACCAGGCGAGGAUCUACGAGACAGUCGGGCAGACGGUGCUGGAGGCUGUCCUGUCUGGCUACAACUCCUGCCUCGUCGCCUACGGGCAGAGCGCCUCGGGGAAGACCUACACGAUGAUGGGGACCAAGGAGGAUCCUGGCCUGACGCCGCGCCUCUGCGAGGGACUCUUCGCCGGGAUCGAGGAGAACAGGAAGAACCAGAAGAAUUGCCGUGUUUCCAUCAGUUACCUGGAGAUAUACAACGAGAGGGUGAGGGACCUCCUGAAGCCGUCCUCGAGCGCGAGCGGAUUGAGAGUUCGCGAGCAUCCUCGACUCGGCCCUUACGUUCAAGGCCUAACGCACCACGUGGCCCCCACCCUGGGUUCGUUGAUGUCCUACGUGGAAGAAGGCACGAAGGCUCGGAAGACAGCGUCCACCCUGCAAAAUCCGAGCAGCAGCCGCAGCCACGCUCUGCUGACGAUCGCCGUGACCCCGGAAUCGCCGAGCGUCGCGGUCGGCGCUUCCUCCUCCGCGCGGAGGAGCGAGGGCUUGCCGCCGCGCGGCGGCAGUAAACUUCGCUUGGUCGAUCUGGCGGGCAGCGAGAACGCGGCCACGUGCGGCGGCGUGCAUCGGCUGAAGGAGGGUGCGAACAUAAACAAGAGUCUAGUGGCCCUAGGGAACGUGAUAUCAGCCCUCGCGGAGAGAGGCUCGACCGGAAGCGGGCCAGGCAGGAGGUUCAUCCCUUACAGAGAUUCUUCGCUUACUUGGCUGCUGAAGGACGCGCUCGGCGGAAAUGCCACUACCAUUAUGCUCGCCACCAUAUCGCCCGCAAGCGGAAGUUACAACGAGACCGCACACACUCUGCGAUUCGCGCAAAGGGCGCAGAGCGUUGUCAACCGUCCGGUGGUCAACGAGGAUCCGGUAGCGAGGCUGAUACGCGAACUGAGGGCCGAGGUGGCGAGGCUGUCAUCGUUGUUGUUGGAAAAGAACAUAGAGCCGAACAAAGCUCUGUGCUCCUGCGGGAAGAAUCAGGAUCAAGGGAAGAGCGUUCACGACGUUUCGGAGAGUGCGACGAUAGGGGAAACUGUGCCGAUCGAACGGUCCGAGGAGUUGAAUAUCGAGUCGAACGCUAAAGGACAAGCGGAGUCGAAAACGGAGGAGCAGCAGUUGCCUAAGAGCGUUACUCCCCUGCGGAGAUCCACGUCCACGGAGAGCCUCGCGAUCAUAGAUCCCGGCUCGUCGCUGAAGAGGUUCGGCUCGUACGAGUUCCUCGGGUCGAAGGAUCGCCUCGGGGGCGGCUACAACCGCGCCAAAGUGACGGAGCUGAACGACGAGGAGGACGAGGUCAACGAGAUCCACGAGUCCGUGUUCGUGGACAUCCCGACGCUGGUCGCGGUUUUGAUCAAGCCGGACGACAGUCUGCAAGAGUCCUCCGCGCAGAUCGAGGAAAUUUGCUCCGACGAGGCGGUCGAGGACGGCAUCGACGUCGAGUUCAUCGAUACCGGGAACGAUCGCGAGCCGUUCGAGGACGCGGACAAACCGGAGAGCAUCGACCACGACGAGAGGAGCAGCUCGGUGAACUCGUGUCACGCCUCCGGAGACUACGAGAUAGACGUCUAUCGGACCUCCAGCUUCUCCCGCGUCAAGUCCGCCUCGAAAUUGAACGAGAAGCCCAAGUUCAGGAAGCAGGACUCGGUGGACCUGCUGUCGGUGUCUCUGCCGACGAACAUUCAUACGUCGAAGAAGUUCGGUUCGGUGGAGACGAUCCAUAAGAAGAAGGAACCGGUGUUCUCGUUGGAAAGGUCGCACACCAACUUGGAGAGGCGAUCGGCGGUGCCGGAGAGGGCCAAGAAGUUGAACAACAUACGGGAGAUCGAGGAUCAGAAGAUCGUCAACAAGAAUCUUUGGGGCAAGGAGCUGUUGCAGCGGAAAGGUAGCAACGAUUCCGACAAGAGUCUGAAGGAGUCGAGCAACCAGAUCGUCGCGAAAGGGAAGGGUCACGCGAGGAAGCCGAGUCUGGAGUGCUUGAAGAGGAAGACCAGCAAGGACAGCAGUUCCAGCAGCUCGAAGGACGAGCAGAUCUUGAUCUCCAGCCUGACGAGGGAGAAACUUCUGCACCGGAAGGAUUCGAUCGACCAAGAGUCGUCCUCUUCGAAGACUCACACGCCCAUUCAGCGCGCCAAGCGAGCGGAGAUCGUGGCGGCUGUCACGGAGAGAUUGUACUCCGCUAAAAAGCCACCGGACGAUGCUUCGGGCGUCCGGUCCCCUCCGGAAGGAACGGAAGUGAAGUCUCUCGCGAGGAUGAAGCUGCAGGAGAUCUCGAGGAAGAUGCUGGGCAAACGGAGGCGCGUCUGCGUGGACACGCAGACCGAGUGUUCGAGGACCGUUCGCAUGAGGGACACCGCGUCGCUGACGGAGACGCCCGAGAUUAAUCGGCAGGACGUCGCGGUGCUGACGGAGGACCACGAGGGCUGCGAGAUCGUCACCGAUAAGAAACCCGUCCUUCGCGUGAAGGAGAUGUCGACGCUAACCGACAAGCCCAGAACGGACAUCGUCAGGUGCAAGGAUGUGGCCAGUUUGGUGAACGAUCUGGACGAGUUCGAGUACGACAUCCACUCUCCGAGAAACGACUCCGGGAUUCUGUCGGACGACACGCAGAAUUACGCCGAGAGCAACUUGUCCAGCACGGAGGUCUCCGACGUGUGUCCGAUGUCCGGCCGGGGGAUACCGCACGCGGACAGCUCGACGAAUACCCUUUAUUCCUCUUGUAGAAGCUUCGCGGUUCAAACUCCGAGGUCCAGCCUCUCGGAUCAGCGCAGGAUAGAGAGCAAAGCUCCGGCGUGCCUGCGACAGUGCUGUAACCCCGAGCCUGGGAACCUCUCUUCCAUAGGCAGCGCCGAGAAAAGCGUGAUCUCCAUAUCUCUGCCAGACACGAUCAGCAUCACGAUCGAAAGCACCAACGUCUUAGAGUCCAGGAUCGCCGUGCUGGACAACACGGACCAAGAGAGGAAGUCCAGGACGAGGGACGGCGAGGUUCAGACCGACGAGACGAAGGAUCCUCGCGGCGAGGCGGACCGUUUCAAGGACGAGAGUAGAUCGACGCUCGGCCAGCCGGAUGCCAGGGUCUUCCGGAUCGAGAACAUCUUUCAGGACCCCAACAGCGUGUCCAGGAGGACCGACGUGGCCGUGGACGGGGCGCGGAUGAGGAAAUCCAUUACCUUCAGGAAUUCCCUGGGGACCUCGUACGUGUCGCAGUCCAGGGAGAACGAUGCCGUCGAUUUGGAGAGUAACGGGAAGGGAUUCAUCAGGGACGGUUUAAUCACGGAGGCGUUCAUCACGAAGAAGCGCAGCUUCGGGAAAGGAUUCGACAGAGUUGUUCACGAGGAUUCCUGGCGAAAGUGGCCCGCCCCGGAGCAAGCGAGUAAAAUUCGUCCGGUCGCUCACGACGAGGGGCUGCUGUCCCCUUCGUGGCAGUCGCAGACCGAGCUUCCGGCGGCCGGGCUGAUUUUAUCUUGCUCGAGUUGCGCGCCGUCGGCGGACCAGGCUUCCGCGUUCAGGCGAUCGAAGGUAGACUCCGGCAGAGCCAGCGGGACGUUCGAGUCGAAAGCUUUCCCUUCGUCCGCUACGGCCGAAGUGAACAGCAACGUCGAGCACGAUCACAGUUUCUCGGAUGACAGUCUGGACUACAGUGAGAACAACAUUCUGGGGCAGACGGUGCUGAAGAUGGCCGACCUGGAACAGAGGGAGAGCCUCUGUCCGCCCGACGUGGUGGCGCACACGAAGAAGGACUGCCCUAAGCUUUCCAACGCCAUCGAAGCGGAGAGCAACGAGAGCUCCGGGGAUUUCGAGGACAGUCACGUUGAGUUCCCGAAGAUGAAGCCAACGGAGGACGGCACGGAGCUCCUCCGGAUACACGACUACGAGUCCCUCAUCUUGGGCAGGCCUUGUUACAGCUCCGAAGACCGGAAGGAGGACACCGAGAGCUCGCUCGAUCCUCUGAAUAACAAUGGGAAAAAGAAGGUGUCGUUUUCCAGCUCUACCGAGUUUCAGGACAAGGUGACCCCGGCGGAGCAGUCUCCCAGGCAGAGUUCGAAGGCGACUCUUAGGUCUAUCAUCAAGAAACGGAAGAAGAGGAACGCAUCGGACCUUCCGCAGGGUGUUCAGUCGUCGAACGACGAGACCGACGACUCCCAGCAAGAGGAGAAGGGCGUUUCAGGGAUGGAGAGCAACUGUAAGAGGCAGGUGCUCGCGGACAACACCGAGGAAACGUCGAAGGAAGAUGUACAUCCGGACUUGAAGACAGACUCGACGCAGAAUCACAAGAAGGUGAAGUUCUUCAAGAUAGACGCGCCGAAGGCCGCCUGCAACGAGUCCGACAGCUGCGAGAACCCGGAGGACGACGAGGAGGACGUCCCGCGCGAUCGCGUGGCGAAGGAUAUCCUCGAGGAGUAUUUCAGCGAGGCGGUGACGUUCAUGAGGAACCUGAACUCCAUCAAUCGGUACGCGAACGCCGCGAGUGUCCUCGACAGGUACCCGUCGACCAGUCACCGCAAACACGUCGGGAAGCAAGGAUCUCGUAGGAGGGAUUACUCCUUCCCCUGGAAUCGCGAUCAGCUGGAUCAACCGGAGCGUAAGAUCGAUUUCACGGACAAGACCGACGACUGUCCGAAGGAGGACGACGAGAUAAUCGUCUCGACCGAGUCGUACGACCGAUGCCUGAAAGGGAUCCAGAGACUGGAGGACUGCAUUCGGAGGGUGGACAGGCACAACGAGCUGCUGCGCGUCAAGUACGGCGUUAACUGCGGAUCUGCUGGCGCUAGACCGAGUUUAGCGAGUCCCAGCACGGAUCGUGCACCCGACUCGAGUAGUCCUAGGUUAUUCGACUAUCAACCACGAUCGAGUCCGCGGCCGAUAGACGACUCGAGCGUCGCGAAGGACGAGGACGAGGACUUGCAAAAGAGGAUCUUCGAUCAGCUGAUGAACGUCGCGAACGCGACGAGCUGCAGAGGUUCGAGCAAGCUUCGAAGUCGGUUCGCGAGCCUCUCCGACCGCAGACCUCGGAGUCCGCUGACUUACUCGAAGCUCAGAGAGAGAUAUAAUCACUCGAGCGACGAGUCGUUCUGCAGGGACGUUCAGGGCAGCUUGGACGUCGACGAGAUCUCGGGGAACAGUGCGCAAGAUUGCGCCAGUUACGAGAUCACCGGGAACCUGUCGGUCGCGAGAGUCCAAGAGUCCUUCGACGACGCGGAGUCCGCGUUGCAAGAGGAUUUCUUCCCUUUGAGGAGGUUCGACAGGAUCGAAGCGAAGCUGCGCGUCGACGAGAACACUCCUGCGAGAACGCAGCGGGAUGAUUCGUGGAGCGGUUUGUCUAGAAGUGGCAAGGCGGACUCGGGGAUCGCGGAGGAUGACUCAUUGGGGCUGAAGAGCAAAUACACGCAACGUGCGCCGACUGUGGACACUCGAGAAAGGCUUCAAGAGCCGGACGAUUGCUCGCGGAGGAUCAGGGACGCGACGCUGUACGCGUGCGCGAAGAGUCAGGACUCCGAGGGCUCGAACGAGAACCUUCAGUUCAGGGAGAAACUGAAAUACCCCGGAAGUCCUAGGGCGAGGUUCCUCGAGCUCCUCAGGGAAAGACGGCGGAUCGUCGAGAGCAGCAGAGGCACGAGCGCCUCGUGAAGUCUUUCUUUAACGCGUUCACUGUCGAAUUCUGAUAACCAGUAGAGUACGAUCGAAGUCGUUCAACCCUCUGUGGCCUGAAGAUUCGUUCGUUGUAACAAAAUCUAUGCAGAAAAUUAAAUAUCCACGUAUGAAUACGAAUUGACAAUGUAUUCGAUAGUUUCAAUAAUUUCAUCGAAACUUCCAAGUUACAAUGAAGUUGAACUUUCACGCCUGAAUGUAAAAGUUAACCGAUUUUAACUCGAUUCACCACUUUGAGUGUGAAAUGAACAGAAUGCCAAUAUACUGAUACGUGACUUCGGUUACAUAGGCUUAGAGGGUUAACGAAACAGAGUAUAAAACGUUACAGUCGAUGGUAAGCUACUCUUUCAACUCUCUUGUCUUUCAUAGGUCUUAACGAUAUUCAGUGCAUUCGAUAAAUCAAGGUGAAAAUUCGAACGAAACGUUGUCACUGAAAUUCGACUAAUUCGGCAGCGAGCGUGUUAACGCGUUGUCGCAUCGUGAAUCGUAUUCGUCGGAUAUUUUUCUAUUGUAACGCGCAAACGACGCGCGCGUCCCUUGUAAAUAAUAGUGUUCGGUCUUUUGUAACGUUUGACAGCGCGCCUCGGGACUCUGAC